UUCGCAUUUGCGCAUAUCCUGAAGACAUUUUUCUUCGAGAGGUCUUCUCACGCUCUGCUGGCAUGUCUGCCCGACAGCUUAUCCCGCGGUUUUCUUGCUCGUCUGUGCACGCUGAGAGCGGAGUCGUUUUCAAGACUUUUCGAGACAAAGGACGCUUUGCUCUCUUCUCCAUUUAUCCCGGAGAUUCUUUCGACUUCGCAGCCUUAGUAAAGUGCUUUAUGGUGGCCGUGUACCGCCAUUCGUCUGGACGGCUUAAAACGACAGUUGCACUGUGUGUAGAUAGGGAGAUGCUUUCAAGCCACCAACUCGUUGUGUGUCGGCUCCGCGAACGCAUUCCGUUCUGCAACUUCAGGGAAAUCUCCUUUGCUUUCUGUUGCCGAAGCUUUUUCUAGGACACCGAAACUCGCCGACCUCGUCCCCACCCGUCACGAGUUGUGCCAGCAGCAGGCGGCGGGAGGCAGAUCGGCGGUCGGUAAGGAAGUUCGGAGUUCUUCUAGCUGUUUGCAAGCGACUUUGCGAGCUUUCUGAAAACAGAAACGCCCUUCUGUAUGGAAGAGAAUACCGUCCAGAGGAAGCGACGGCUGCAUGCCUCGAAGUGCCUGCCGCGAGACGCCAAACCGCUGCGUGCUCGCGGCGAAUUGCAGAAGCCGCGGAACAGGAGGUUGGAGUGUGUGAGCUGUAUGCACAUCCCGUUUGCGCCUGUGAGCAAAACAGACUGCGAUUUGCGCAGUUCGUGAGGUUGGCAUUUCCUUUUCGUGGCUCUGCUUUGCCGCAGAACCCGGAGGGAGGCCCUUCGUCGGUCGCGAACUGUGCCAAGACGCGACGACUGGCUUUUCUCCGAGUUUCCUCCUCCGUCGUCCUUUGUCCAUCUCCCUUCGAGUCUCGCCUUCGCUCUUCUCCCUCAGAGGAGUCGAAAGCCAACCUUUCUUUCUGGCCCUGCACUCGCCUUGUGUGCAGGAUUCUCUGUUUCUGCUGGAGUCGCCGUCUUCCUCUCGUCGCAGUUCUUCUGUUUCGCUCUCGCCGCGUUUGUCUCUGCGUCUCUUGUCUUCUCUAGUCUCUCACUUUGCCUCCACGCGUCUCCUGUGUGUGCAUCUCGACCCGCGCUCAACCUGUGCUCUUUCGAGAGAAAAACUCUCUCUCCCUUGCACUCCUUCCACUUCGCUUGCUGUUCCCUCUGUCGUCUCAACCACGGAACAGAGCGCUGUCUCUCCUCUUUCUUCCGCCCUCUGUCUUGUCUUCUGUCGCUUCUACCUGCUUCGUCCUUGUGUCCUUCCCGCCGUCGACCAGCCCCGCGAGAGAGGAGUGACUUCUCUCCUUUGCAUGCGCAUCCUCUGGGAAGACAACGAAGGCCUUUCGCUGGCGAGUGAAGCCUGCGAGUUCAUUUCUUCACGGUGGCUGGGCCUCACCCCUCGAGUGUCUGGACAGAAAGAGCAGAGACGAGGGGCGCUUCGACUCGGCACCGACGCUUUCAAGCGCUCCACGCGUUCUCUUCAGGUCCCGAGUCGGCCUCGCAUCUUUCUUCUUGGCUGUUGCCGCGCUUCUUCACAAUGUUCGAAAAACGGAGAAGGAGGGGAUUUCUCCCUCCGGCUGCGCUUCUCGGUCUCCUCGCUCUGUUGUCCGCUGACGUAAAAGAGAGCAACGAAGCCUUCUCCCUCUGCGCCGCCUUCGCCCAGAAUGCAGGCUCUGCCCACAAGCCGUGGAUCGGCAACUGUCCGCGCUUCGGAUUCGCCUUCCAUGGAUCUUCCCGGUCCUCGUCUGCGCUCCUGGAGGCGCCGUCUGAGGCGGAGAGUGUGAGUGCAUGCGCGACCAGGUGCCACAACUUUGUGGUUUCUUCCUUCUUCUCUUCUGCGCUCUGUCGCGGCUUCGAGUUCGAUCGCCGCACUCGACUCUGCUCGCUCUUCGCUGCGCUGCCCUCGCCUCUGUCUCCCCUCUCCCGGCCCUCGCCGUUCAUCGCCUCGGGCGUCUCGCCCACGAAGACCGCCGGCAGUCUGUGCGCGACUUCCUGUCUCGUCUCCGCGUGGAGCGAGUGGGGCGCCUGCGAAGGCGAAGCGCGACCUGGCCGCGGGCCUCUCGACCUGCCCAGCGGCUUCCAGAGACGCUCGCGACACAUUCGCCAACUGCCCAGGUGGGGAAGCGAAAAAUGCCCCGCCCUCGAAGAAGUCCGGCCGUGCAGCGGAGAUCCUCAGUGCGCCAUGGAGGGCGUCGGCGUUCUCGGCUGGGGAUGCAACCCCGCGGACGACUUCGCAGAAAGCGGCACCGAUCGACAUUUCGUGUCAAGUUUUGAGGAAUGCGGACGCUUGUGUGCGGCGGAUCCAGACUGCACUUUCUUUUCGUUGGAUCGGCGGCCUCGCGCCUCGCUGUCUCUGCCCUCUGGCGCUGGCGGCUGGGGCGACGAGAGAUAUGGCCUGAGGGGAGACAGCGAAACACUUGGACAAGAAUCGGCUGCCUCCAUGCUCUGUUACAUUGUGCACGGUCCGGAACCGGGAUGCAUGUUUCUCUCAGAGCACUUUGUUUCAGCGCCUCGUCUGGGAGGCACUGCGGCAUGCCCUGUCGACUGCGUGGCGGGAGAGUGGGGAGACUGGAGCCCCUGCAGUCACCCUUGUGGGGCUUCGCAGCAGUCGAGGACGCGCGACGCGAAGAUUCCUGCGCGAAAUGGAGGGAAGGCAUGCCAGCUGGUGGAGACCAGAAACUGCCUGGGAAGCCCCAUGUACCCCCGAGUGAACUGCGCGCAAGCGGAGUGUACGUACGCUCCGUGGUCCGCGUGGUCGCCGUGCAACAGUCCCUGUGAAGGCGGAACGCAAGAGCGAGUUCGAUCUGUUCUCACGGGAGACAGGAGUACUUGCAAAGCAGUGAAAAUGGUUCGCGCAUGCAACGACGGAAUCGCCUGUUCUUCCAGAGUCGGAUGCAACGCGAGUUCCUUCGGUGCGUGGUCGCCGUGCACUGCGAGCUGUGAAGGCGGAGAGCGACACAGGUCGCGUCAAAUCGAUUUUUCUUUCGGACCCGGCGGCAGUGCAUGCGCCGGAGUUUCGCCCUCGCAAGUGGAGACAUGCAACGAGGAUGUCGCCUGCGGCAACACCUGCGAGUUCAGCCCUUGGGAAGAGUGGAGCGCAUGCAAGGCUGUGCCAGGCGCUGGCUGUGGCAAGCGAAACGGCAGACGACAGAGAUACCGAGGAAUUCUAAAACAGAACAGAGACUCCUUUUCAGGCCGACCGCUGCCGUGUGGAGACAACCAAGCCUUCGUCGAAGUUCAGGACUGCGUUGUGCCUGGCGCCGACACUUGCGCGGACGCAUGCGUGAUGACGCCGUGGACAACCUGGUCCGCAUGCAGUGCGACUUGCGGCGAAGGCUGGCGCUCGCGAGUCCGAUCGAUUCUAAAACCUCUCCUCUCAGACAGUGGAAAAGAGGGAUGCCCGCCGACUGUCGAGACAGAGCGUUGCUCCACGAGCGAACUUCCUUGCCCGGAAGCCCCGCCUGAAGAAAACAGUAGUGGCUUUUUCGGCUCUGGAAGUCCCCAGUGCGAGAUGGGAGAAUGGCAGCCAUGGACAGCAUGCAAUGGAGAAUGUCAGAGAUUCCGAUUUCGUCUCCCGCUGGCCGGCCGCUCCACGCAGUCUGCCUGUUCUAUGGAACUCCAAGAGGAAUCCUGCGACCCGGGAGCAUGCAUUUCAGCUGGCAACGCCGAGGCUUGGGCUGGAAAGAACUCGGCCACAGCUCAGGCGGCUCUAGGCUUCCUGCCCUCUGAGAAGGGAAGCAGCUCCGGUGUACGCGCAGCUGGAGACUCUUUCUCGCCGUUCGAAACCGCGACCGUCCUCCCCGCCUCGCAGGCAGAUGUCUCUGCCAUCGCGCGCGCAUGUCUUUUGAGCAUUCUCCUCACGCUACUCAUCGUCUUCCUCUUUGUCUACUUCAGAAAGAAGAGCGUGCGAGGACGUCGGUACAUUUAUCCGCUAGACGGGAGCUGGUCUGCAGCGAAUUCCUUUGGAGACAACGACGAGACGAGCAGCUUCGUCAUGACGCAGGGGCGAGAAAACUCCCAAGAAAACCAGAACGCGGAACCGGGAGAGACUCACGCAGAGACCGAGGAAGUCGAAAGCAAUGCCAGCGAAAAACUCGCGAAAGUCGACGUGGACCAGGACUUGGCUUUCUGGGAUGACGAGGACGAGGCCAGCAAAGAUGACAAGUAAAACAAGAGACCAAGGAUAGAUCGAAGACAAAGAGAGAGACGAAGAAGAGACAAAGAGAAGAGAAAAAAGGUCGAGGAAGCAGUCGAGUUCCUGCUUUUCCUGCGACGCGGCUCUGAGGCAGAGCUCAUCAGAAACGGGGGCAAAAACAGAGAGAAGACGACCAGAAUGGGCUAGAAUGGGAGCAUGCAUGGAAACGCGUGCAAAGCGCCUUCCGCAGAGAACCUUUCCUCAAAGGAACCGCUCUCAGGUCCCACACCCGAGAAGGCUUACCCUUCUCAUUUUUGCGGGAGUCUCUCCUCCCUGGAGGUUUUGCUCCUUUGUGUCUGUUUUCCUGUUUUCGGCAAGCCUCUCUUCUUCGUUUCUCCAAAGAAGCUCUGUGCACAGUUCUCCGGAUCAAGCUAACCGUAUUCUGGAGAUUCUUUUCUCAUGAAAAAAGAGAAUGUGUUUCGUCGGGAAGACCACUGAGGGUGCAAAACUUCACCUGCCAAGACAAGCAGGGAAUCCCAACAAUCAAUUUCUCAAAUCCGCU